AUGGCUGGGCUUGGGAGCUGGGCUAUCCGUAGCUGGGGUCCUUGGCAGAGCUGUUCUGGAACAAAUUUGGGACUGGGACGUUGCAAAAGUAGGCGGAGCUGGGCUUUCCUUGUGACCUGGUUUUUGUUGGCUGGCCCGAUUAGAGCUGGGUCUUUCGGGGUUUGGAGCUGGGCAUUCCUUGUGACCUGGGUGUCUAGAUCAAAUCAUGGCUCCUCUGUUUGUCAAGGAAAGAGCUGGGUCCUUACCUUCGGCAGGUUCAAAAAGACUGGGGUGUGGGCUCAUGAGGACCUAGGUCCUGCCUUGGGCUGA